AUGUAUACUCCAUUCUUCCGAAAGAGGGACUUGAUAGAUCAAGGAUAUAAUCCCCAGGUGGAGAAGAUAAGAAGAGACGAAUAUCCACAGAUUAGAGAUGCUGUCUACCUUGACCACAGUGGAACAACAUUGUAUAGUAGCUCACUAGUAAAGGCUUUCACCAAGGAUCUUUUGAACAACCUUUAUGGAAAUCCACACUCCCACAACCCAUCGUCCACCCUGUCUUCGGACCGAAUAGAAGCUGUCCGCCUCAGAGUCCUAGGGCUCUUCAAAGCCGACCCGGCCGAGUACGACGUUGUGUUUUGCGCCAAUGCUACUGCUGCAAUCAAAUUAGUAGCAGACUCCUUUGCUGGACACAUCGGUGGGUUUGAAUACAAAUACCACAGAGAUGUCCACACAUCACUUGUGGGGGUCCGAGAAUUGGCAACCUCUUCCCAAUGCUUCGACUCCGAGCACGAAACCGAAACCUGGCUUUCCUCGGAAAAGACUGCCGAAGAAAAUAAACUCGGUCUCUUUGCUUGGCCAGGGCAAUCCAACUUUUCCGGUCACCGUCUCCCACAGAAUGAUUGGUCUGGUCUUCUUCGCAGUCGCCGUCCAAACUACUACUCCCUCUUUGACGCGGCAGCUCUUGCAAUGACCAAGCCUAUCGACUUCAGUAAUCCUUCCGAGGCGCCAGACUUUAUGUCUUUGAGCUUCUACAAGAUGUUUGGUUUCCCAAAUCUUGGUGCCCUCAUCGUUCGCCGUGCGUCUGCCAAGGUUCUCGUAUCUCGGCGCUAUUUCGGCGGUGGAACCGUGGACUCCCUCAUCGUCAACAAGGACUGGAAAGUCAAAAGAACCAACGGAGACCCGCAUGAAUUUCUCGAAGACGGCACAUGCGCCUUCCACUCCAUAAUAGCCUUAGGACAUGCCAUGACUUGCCAUUCCAAGCUGUUUGGGGGGUUCGCACAAAUCUCACUUCACACAUCAUCACUCGCAUCUUUCCUUACUGCAAGGAUGUCGGCACUAGUACACCCAAAGACCGGCAUCAGGGUUGUUGACCUUUACUGCGAAAGUGAACACGCCAACACCCACACCCAGGGACCAGUCAUCACAUUCAACCUCCGAUCAGCCAAUGGGGGUUGGAUUGGCUACUCAGGUGUCGAAUCUGCAGCCGCGGGAAAGAAGAUUCACAUUCGUACGGGCGGGCAUUGUAACCCGGGUGGUGUAUCCUACUUUUGCGGGCUUUCGGGUGAAGAGAUGGAAAGAAACUUCAAAAACGGACAUGUUUGUGGAGAUGGCCACGACGUCAUGAAUGGAAAGCCAACUGGAGCUGUGAGAGUUUCACUGGGCGCUAUGACUACCAUUGAGGAUGUCCUGAAGUUCCUAGACUUCAUCAAAGAGGAAUACGUCGAAAAGGAUAAUAGCAAGUGGAGGGCACGCGGAGGUAGGGUGGCUAACAUGCUCUGUAACCUUGUUGAGUUUUGA